AUGAACCCGGCAAUGCAGACGGUAUCUGCCGCCGCUGUCGGCCGCAUAGAUUUUGAGCCAAACAGGCCUUUAGAGAACGUACCAACCCAUCAUUUUGUCGCUGGAACACGACGAUCUGUACGCCAGCAAGAUCGGAUUUUCAGCCUUACUCCUGACACCGCUCAGGCCCCUAACGCCGUCCGUCUUGCCUGCGUGUGGAGACUGGACGCGAUGCCGAUCAAGUGCAAACGGGUGCAACGUUAUCAUAGUGGCGCCCUUUUAGCGCACACCCAUGCCGCCAUCGUGAAUGGAGACGAACACCGACGCGCCGCCAACGGGCACUUAAAUCAGGGCUAG